CUGCUACGUUUGGGUCUCGCUUUCCUGGGCUCGCUCCUCCCCGGGCCCUCCCAGCCGCUGACCAAGGCCAGCCCCUGGUGAAAAGCUUCUCAUCGGCCCAAACAUAUCCGCUUCCACGGGAUGGGGGACGAGGGGCAAGGUAGACCCACGACGGCGUUGCUGAUCCCUGGAAUCCCAGGCUUGGGGAAAAAACGCCCGCGGAGGAAGUGGAGUUGGGCUCAGCUGCUUAGCGCGCUGGGAGCCGGCGCCCCAGCGGCUCCGGACUUCAUUUCCCAGGAGGCCGCGCGCGCGCGACCGGAAGUGUAGCGAGCCUAUAAAAGGUGGAGGCGGCCCCGUCAGUUCUUUCUAGGGCGACGGCGUCAGGGCCUGAUCUGUUUCUGUGCUGCCUGGGAGAAUCCUUUCUGCCAAGGGAUUACAGAGCGUGGACUCGUUAGAUGGGGGUGGACCAACUGUGACCCACAGACCAAAUCUGGCUCGCCUGAAUGGUUUUUACAUUUUUAAACACCUGAAAAAAAUGAAAAGGGAAACUUUUUGUGACAUGUGAAAUGACAUGAAACUAAAGUUUCCGUGUCCAUAAAUAAAGUUUUUUUUGGCACACAGCUAUAUUAAUUUGUGAAGGUGUUGUCUAUGACUGCUCUUGUACUAUAUUAGCAGAGUUGGUGACAUGUUUGCGACAGAGACCACCUGGCCUGCAAAACCUAAAAUAUUUAGCAUUCUGGCCCUUCACAGAAGAGUUUGUUGUCUUAGAAUGGGGCUCCACAAAGCAAGGGCAGACUAGGGGACCACACUGUGAUAAGACUAAGUCCUACAAAUGUUAAAUGAUCUGCUCAACCUCUCUUCAUAAGAAUUAGAGCCCAGGCUGCCACCCUAUCAGUCUGCCACUAGGAUUAAAGAGGAAGAGAAAGCAGAAGUCUGGGGACAGCUGUGGGCCAUUGCCCAAUUCAAGGAGUGCCCGAUCAGAAUGGCUGUGGCAUGGUUUUAUGUGUCUGUCCUGUCACUGUCGUCCUUGGGCAUGAUAUGCAUCCUCUUUACCACCUAUUGGAUGUGGAGCUGGCACGGUGGCUUUGCAUGGAAUGGCACCAAGCUCACGUUCAACUAUCACCCAGUGCUCAUGGUUGCUGGCAUGGUGGUGUUCUACAGUGCUGCGUCGCUGGUGUACCGUCUGCCCCAGUCGUGGAUGGGAUCCAAGCUGCCCUGGAAAAUUGCCCAUGCAGCCCUGCACCUGGUGGCUUUCAUCCUGACCGUGCUGGGGCUCGUGGCUGUCUUUAAAUAUCACAACAAGGCAAAAAUCGCCAACCUCUACUCCCUGCACAGCUGGUUGGGCAUCACCACUGUCUUCCUCUUCACCUGCCAGUGGUCCCUGGGCUUUGCCACCUUCCUGCUGCCCUGGGCAUCCAUGCAGCUGCGCAGCCUCCUUAAACCCGUCCACGUCUUCUUUGGAGCCUCCAUCUUCUCUCUGGCCAUUGCGUCUGUCAUUUCUGGCAUUAAUGAGAAGCUUUUCUUCAGUUUGAAAAAUGCCACCAAGCCGUACUCCAGCCUGCCUGGUGAGGCAGUCUUCGCCAACAGCACUGGGAUGCUGGUGGUGAUCUUCGGGCUGCUGGUGCUCUAUAUCCUUCAGGCUUCGUCUUGGAAACGCCCGGAGGCGGGGAUCACGACUGAAAGACAGUCCCUGUUGCAUGAGAGAGAGUGAAGCGGGAAGGGGCCCCAGGAGCAGCCGGUGGUGUGGUCUGGAUUCCCCGCAGGAGCUCUGAUCUACCUGGGGCGCCCGUCUGGUUUCCGCAAGACUCAUUUGGGCUCCGGGCCCAAACCUGUCCUUCCCUCUGUGUUGGGCCUGCUGUCUCCAAUGUACUGCUCACCGCUUUUCUUGGUGGCUUUGGUGUCUGCACCCCUUCUUGGCAUUGGCCUCCGAGUGCCCCAUUUGCACAGGCCCCACCUUGCCGCGGCUGCUUGCAGCGCUCCUGAUGUCUGUCUAAAGUCAAGCAGAUUUCCCCUUUAGACCCCUCAGGACGUGGUGGGAAAUCCCGACAGCCCAGAUAAGCUGGGGCUCAAGUGCAAUCUAACGUGAAAGUGGGGGAGGUGAUGUUCACAAAUGCGUUUCGUUUAGGGAGUGCCACGGGGCAGGCUUCAUCUGCUGUGAUCUCCGUCGGGCCCACCUGGCUGUGAGGCUGGACUGGGACGUCGCGAGGUGAUGGAAGGAGAGGGGAGAGUGGUUGCAGAGCAGCCUCUGCAGAGGAGCUGAGGCGCUGUCGGCUCUUUGCUGCUGAUUCAUGUUGCUGCAUUGUGUGUCUGCGUCCACUGUGACUGUGUGGCUUCACCUCUUCUAGCUGCUACUACAGCUGGUGCCUGGAUCCCGGCCUGUCCCUGUGACUUACACACCUGUCAAUGUCAGGCAGCCCUAUGAACCCUGGUAACCUAUUCUCUCAAGUACAGACAACCUGUCCCCGACUGUCCCAACAGGGAUGAGCAGCAGGGCGCCUCAGACGUUUUACUUUCCCUCACUAGCGUAGGGCGUCCCUGCUUGUCCUGGGCAGGUUAAACCUUGCUCUCUUGACAGGGUCCUAGCCCCACUGAUUUUCACACUCCAGCCCACCAUGAGACGUGCCGAAGUUGUGUAUUGUGCCCAGCAGAGCUUAGGGUCAUGGCCAUCUUCAGAAGUGUUCCUUGCUGAGCAUCAGAGUGCCUCACCUGCCCCCAGAACAGCUGCUUGCCUGGCCAGACCCAGGCUCAUGCGUCCUGCCAGGCUGUGCGUUGUAGCUCUUCUUGAGGGGAAAUACCAGUGGGCACUUCGGCUUUUCCCGCCCCCUCCAAACAAGCUCGGCCAGGUCCCAGGCGCCACACUGCUGUGCUUAGAUAACAAGCAGCGUAACACCUGGGGUCCAAAGUGUACUUACUCCCGUGCUGGUAUCCGUGAGGCCAACUGGCCACCCCAACCCUACAUGGCCAGAUGCUGGCAGGAUGGCUAUAGCUAAACCUCCUUAGUGGCUGAAGCCUUCAAAACCAUUGGGAUGCCAAGUGCCUUGCUCACUUCCAGCCCUCCCACUUUCUACAUAGGUAGGCAUUUCACCCGUUUAUGAAGCCUGAUAUUCAUUAAACAUGUUUUUGAAAAAGC